CUCCUUUCACAAAACUCCCAUCCCUGAUCUUGUCUGCACUGACAAGCUUAUUUUCUAUAGCAGAGCAACAGAAGAAGCACAUCACAUUAUCUAUAUUAUUUAUAGACUGCUUACACUAAAAUGCUAACUCAAAAACAGUAACUCAAAAUAAAACUUUUGUAUUGAUUGUUUAGUGAACUUUUUGGCGUUGCAGGUACAACUCUCCGUCACAGAUGGGGCUGCUGCAGCACCCCCCCUUCCCACGUCCCUGAGCUUGAGUAGCAUGUAAUGAAGUUGUCCCCCAAGCCUAAUGGCCCCAUGUGGGGACUUACCGCCGCCUCAAUGACGCCCCCGACCGCUACCCGGUGCCGCCACAUUCAGGACUUUUGCAGCACACCUGGCGGGUAGUCUGGUGUUUUCUAAGGUGGACCUGGUGCGUGGAUACCACCAGGUGCUCAUGCAUCCCCUGGACAUUCCCAAAACGGCGGCUGGUGAUAACACCAUUUGGGUUGUUUGAGUUCCUGCGGCUGCCUUUUGGGCUCAGAACGCCGCUCAAACAUUCCAGCGCCUGAUGGAUUCGGUGCUGCGGGACCUUACCGUUUGUGUUCGUCUACUUGGACGACAUACUCGUCACCAGCACUUCUGAGGAGGAGGAACACCCUGUCCCACCUCCGAGCCCUUUCACGAGGCUCAGCCAACACGGGUUGAUAAUUAAUCCUGCAAAGUGUCUGUUCGGGGUGUUUGACAUUGACUUCCUUGGGCACCACGCCACCAAGGCGGGGGCAGCACCGCUGCUGGUGAAGGUUGAGGCUGUCACGGCGUUUCCUCGCCCACCACACGGCCUGAUCGCUCCGUGAGUUCCUGGGAUGGUGACCUUCUACCACCGUUUCAUCGCCCGUUGCCGCCCACAUUAUGAGGCAUUGAAGAGUAAGGCCCCCAUCCAGGAGAUCGACUGGACGGCGGAGGCUGAGGUUGCUUUUAAGGAGGUCAAGACCACGCUGGCUCAGGCUGAGGCCCUGUUGGCGCAUCCGUCAUCCAUGGCCCCCAUCUCCAUUACCACAGAUGCAUCGGACUACGGCAUCGGACUACGGCGUCGGUGCGGUGCAUGAGCAGUGGGUGGAGGGCGCCUGGCAACCACUCGCCUUCUUCAGCCGCCAGCAUUUCCGGUUUUUGCUGGAAGGCCGUGAAUUGACGGCGUUCAUUGACCACAAGCCACUCACGGUCGCCGUGUCCAAGGUGGCGGAGCCUUGGUCUGCUUGCCAGCAACGACAGCUUUCCUACAUCUCGGAAUUCACCACAGACAUCCAGGACGUCGCUGGUUAAUAUUGUCUGAAAGCUGAGUUUCUUCCCGUUAAGACAAUUCUGAAGAACUGGAUCUGCUGAGGAAGGAGCUGCCAUCCACACAGGACCCCCCGUGGUGCGGAGAAAUCAAAACAGCAUCAGGGACAUCAUCCUCCCAAACCUUUGCUUCCUGCUGUCCAGCAGCUCAGGAAGAAACAGUGUGUUCAACAGAGACUGAAGCUUCAGAGAAACAGUGUGUUUAACAGGAAGUGGUGAUUUAGUAAACAUGAGUGUUGUGCUGCUCUCGUUGGUGAAGCAGCGACUCACUGCGGCUGCUGAAGACAUCUUUGUUCUGUUUGAAAGAACGAUAGCAGAGUACGAGGAGGAACUGUCUCGUUCAAAACAGGAGAACGAGAGACACCGGAAACUACUGGACGCUGUUUUACAGCCUCAGCUUCAGAUCCACAGAGCAGACGUCGAGCAGCUGGUGGUUGUUAAAGAAGAGGUUCCCCCUGAGCAGCAGGAGUGGAGCUGCAGUCUGGACCAGGAGGACCCAGAGCCCCCCCCACACAUUAAAGAGGAAGAGGAGGAACUCUGGAGCAGUCAGGAGGAAGAGCAGCUUCAAGGGCUGGAGGAGGCUGAUAUCAUCAAGUUCACAUUCACUCCUGUCCCUGUGAAGAGUGAAGAUGAUGAAGAGAAACCUCAGUCCUCUCAGCUUCAUCAAACACAAACUGAACUCGUGGAAACAGAAGCUGAUGGAGAGGACUGUGGAGGACCAGAACCAACCAGGAGCUCAGAUCCAGAGAGACAUUUACAACCAGAGACUGAGGACAACCCUGAAAACGGUGCUGAUUGGAAGGAGACCAGAGAACCAGGUUCAAACUCUCAGACAAAUAAUCAAGACCUUUUCAGUGAUUCAAGACGUAGUGCAGGAGAGAAAUCAUUCAGCUGCUCAGUCUGUGAGAAAUAUUUUGCAAAGAGUGGAAGUUUAAAAGACCACAUGAAAAUCCAUACAGGAGAGAAACCAUUCAGCUGCUCAGUCUGUGAGAAAUCUUUUGCAAAGAGUGGAAGUUUAAAAGACCACAUGAAAAUCCAUACAGGAGAGAAACCAUUCAGCUGCUCAGUCUGUGAGAAAUCUUUUACACAAAGUGGAAGUUUAAAAGACCACAUGAAAAUCCAUACAGGAGAGAAACCAUUCAGCUGCUCAGUGUGUAAAAAAGCUUUUGCACAGAGUGCAAAUUAUCAUCGACACAUGAGAAUACACACCCGAAUUAAAACAUUCAGCUGCUCAGUCUGUGAGAAAUCUUUUACACAAAGUGGAAGUUUAAAAGACCACAUGAAAAUCCAUACAGGAGAGAAACCAUUCAGCUGCUCAGUGUGUAAAAAAGCUUUUGCACAGAGUGCAAAUUAUCAUCGACACAUGAGAAUACACACCCGAGUUAAAACAUUCAGCUGCUCAGUCUGUGAGAAAGCUUUUGCACUGAGAGGACCUUUACAACGACACAUGAAAAACCACACAGGAGAGAAACCAUUCAUCUGCUCAGUCUGUGAGAAAGCUUUUGCACUGAGAGGACCUUUACAACGACACAUGAAAAACCACACAGGAGAGAAACCAUUCAGCUGCUCAGUAUGUGAGAACUCUUUUGGACGGAGUGGAAAUUUAAAGGAACACAUGAAAAUCCAUACAGGAGAGAAACCAUUCAGCUGCUCACUCUGUGAGAAAUCUUUUAAACGGAGAGGAGUUCUGAAGCGCCACAUGAGAAUCCAUACAGGAGAGAAACCAUUCAGCUGCUCAGUCUGUGAGAACUCUUUUACACACAGUGGAACUUUACAGGACCACUUGCGAAUCCAUACAGGAGAGAAACCAUUCAGCUGCUUAGUCUGUGAUAAAUCUUUUAAACGGAGAGGAUAUUUAAAAACACACAUGAGAAUGCAUACAGGAGAGAAACCAUUCAGAUGCAGUAUUUGUGACAAAAGAUUCACGCAGAGAUAUCAGGUCAAAAUCCAUAAGUGUGUUGGUCGUCAGUCCUCACAGCUUCAUCAAACUCAAACUGAGGAGAUCAGAGAGGCAGAGCCUCCAGCCAGCAGCUCAGCUGAGCAUAUGCAAACAGAAGCUGAUGGUGAGGACUGUGGAGGACCAGAACCAGCCAGGAACUCAGAUCCAGAGAGACAAUUACAACCAGAGACUGAGGAUAACCCUGAAGACUCUUCAGAACCUGACACUGAAGACAGUUAUUAUUAGGUUUAAACUCUUUGAGUUAGUCCCAGUAAGUGUGUAUAACGUGAUACCUGCUCUAAAUGUGAUAAAACAUCAUUGCUCUAAGUCAAGUCUGAAUGUGCAUUAAAACAAAUAUUAA